AUCGUGUGUUUGUGUGUUCAGUAAGCUGAGUGAAGAUCAGUUCUGUUAGGAAUCAAGUGCAGUGUAGUUUCGAUUGAAACAUAAUCGAUGUAUUAUCGACAAGUACCGCAUCAAGUGAAGGAGUUAAAGGAGGCUUUCUUAGCCCUCCCGAAGCGACACCAACAAUGCAGUGAGGUGUGAUCUUCUGCAGACUUGUCCAACCGUGUGCUGCUGCUGAUGCAUGACGUGAUCGAUAGUGAUAGAUUGGCUGCCAGAAGUGUAACGUUCUAACAGGAGAUCAUUGCCGAACAACGGAUUGGAAACGCGCCGAUUGUCAUGUGAUGGUUUCCAGUGCCGCGCAUACCGAUGGCAAGCGGACGGCAAAUGCUUCUUCUACUACUGCUACGUCGACGACGACGACGACACCGAGAGCAGACGAGUGCAAUCUCGGCCUGAGGGGGAGUUCCGAUGUUGCAAUGGAAGGUAGAGAGACAAGUGCACCAUCAUCCCUGCUACUGCCGGCCACCUCACCCCUGCUAGUAUCCUACAACUCUCCGAGCAAGAAAACGCUCCUCGCAAAUGGGAGCGCACAGCCGGCCCAUGUCACCUCCGGGACGCCAGUAUCGCUGCGGCCGAAAGGCCACUACCGCUCGUCUUCGCUCGAGAACAACCCGUUCCAUCCGCUCGGCAGCAAACCGAUGGUGGGGCUUAACAUCGCUCAGGCCAGCUUCACCGGUACGCUGAAAUCUCGCCGUGAGCAGAAGCGGAUAUCCGACUUUCUCAACAAGCAAUCGUCAUCGUCGUCGUUGGGCCUCGGAGCGACUGGAUCGAGCGGUGCUAGCUCGCUAACGCUCGUGUCCACAACGCGAGAACCACAGUCCGAGAGCAGCCUGCGGAAAGCGCACUUCGAGAACAUCCGCGAGAUAUUCGAGAAAAACAAUAGCAAAAAUGCCGCCGCUGCCCAGCAACACCACAAUCCGUCCAAGUCGGGCAAAUUGGCGGGCGGUCACCAGCUGAAUGCUACCGCGGCCGCGAUGAUGGCGGCCAACGUCGCGACUGCCAGCGAACUUGCCAACCACGGUGGUAGUGCGUCGACGCUCGGCAUACCGAUCGAUGACAAACCACCGAAGAUACAGUCCUGCAGUGGUAUUCUAGGAAAGGGCAAACAAGUGAUCCGUCCGAUUGCCUUCAAACCAGUUCCUUACAAAUGUAACACACCAAAUUACGGUGCCCCAAUCGGUGGACGCCUGACGGAGCUUAGCGAUCGGUACGGUUCGACGCCGUCGCUCGGUCCUACGAUGAGCCUGCAGUACAAAUUCGGAAGCACCACAGAUCUGCACCAUCUGCAGCAACAGCAGCAGCAGCAGCAGCAGGGCAGCAGCGGAAGCAACGGCGCCACGCCAAUCGCAUCCGUCGGGCCGUGCUCUAGCAACGGAUCGAUGGGAUCAUCCUCGUUCGGCACGCUUGGUGGCAGCAUGAUGAGCAACAGUUACCACCAACACUAUCACCACCAAUAUAGUACCUUAAUGCGUAAAGGGUCGUCCACCAUACCGUUCAAAACGUACGACAGCCUUGAGUCGAUUCUGAAGCUGCCGGAUAGCAUGGUGGCGUCCUAUCCGAAUCCCAGCCAUGGCCUGUACCACCAACAGGAUGCACUCGAUAUGGCCCCAUCGCCAUCGGAUUCGGGCAUAUCCGAGCUGGAAGCUGCAUUGCGCGAUCGCGAUUCCGAGCUAGCGUACCUGCGGCAAACAAUGGAGCACAAUGAACAAGUAAUAUUCAAAGUUCAUCAGGAUAAAGAGAAGCACUGGGAGCAGGAACUGAACCGACUGAAAGCGAUCCACGAAAGUCGUCUGCGCGCUGGAGCCCAAAAGGUGCACAAGCUUGAACAGCUGCUCAUGAUGCAGACGUUCCAGCUGCGACAGGACAAGAAACGGCUGCAGGAGGACAACGCCCGGUUGCAGACGGGCAUGGCACAGGCGAAGGAUCAAACCGAACAGCACAAAUCGGAGCUGGAGCAGCUGCAACUUAGCGCCAAGGAGCUGAAGGACCAAAAUGGAGAUUUGCUGGACGAAAUUCAGAUGCUGCGGCGAAUAAUCAGCGAUCUGAAGGAGCGUCUGGAGGAGAGCGAAUGGAACCUGUGCCAGAAGAAUGGGGAGGUGGCACUGAUGAAAACUCAACUCAAGGAUGCACAGGCUGAAAUAUCUACGAAAGAUCAGGAAAUUGUGCAGCUCAAGGCCGACCUGAAGUUGCAAAACUACGACGAUAUCAGUUUAAAGAAGUCUGAGAUAAAAAAGGAGCUCGAUUUUGAUCUGGAAAUCUCGCAACUGAAUCGCAUCGUGAUCUUCAAGGAUCAGAUCAUCGUGCUGAUGAACAACGAAAUACAAAAGUUACGCAAGGAACUGUCCGAUAUUUCGAUACUGCGAGGCUAUGAAGGUGCACCGACCGGUCGGUACACCCGGUACAAGAAGAAGCUUGAGCUGGUGGCACAGAAAUUUGAGGAUACCGAUCGCACGCGCAACGACAGCAACAACAACAGCAGUCAGAUCAGCAACAGCAACAGCAACAGCAAAGUAACCAGCCCACUCCAGGGACCAGAGUCUCCGGACGGGGAACGAAACGAGGGCAAAGCAGCUUCGGCAGUGAUCUCCAGCAGCGACAUCAUCAGGAACUAUUUCAACAGCAACAGCCAGCUGGAGAUGAACAAGAAGCUAUUCCUGAGCUCGCAGAUCUGCAACUAUUCGGACGAGGACAAGUCCAACAUUAUCGACGCGUAUGGUAGCGGCAAACAGGUCGACAUGACGGAGAUUACGCUCGAUCUAAGCAGCCUGCUACCCGGCGCUUUGACCGUGGUGACACAAAUUCCAGUGGAGGAGAUAACAGGCACCGUUGUGGAUAGCUAUCACCAGCACAGCUCAUCCGAUGACGAUUACAAAUCCAUGACACCGACGCAGGAAGAUCACGAACCGGAAGACGAGCGUGGCACGACGCUGACCGCGCAACCCAAUGCGGCGCACCAGCCGGAAAGCGCUGGUGAGCUGGAACGACUCAACCGUGAGCUAGCGUCCUGUCGGGAAUGUUUCGAGCAGGAGCGUACGAAGUGGGCAGAAGAAAAGGAGAAGGUCCUCAUCUACCAGCGUCAGUUGCAGAAGAAUUACGUCGACAUGUGCAAGCGCACGCAGCAGCUCGAGGAACAGCUGAAGACCAUUCGGCUAGAACAGGGUCUUGACACGGUGGUGGAGUCUAAGGUAGAGCGUAUGUAGAAAAAAUUGAGAAGCUGAGAUCGAUCUAUUCGUCAUAGACUCCCUUGCCAGGAUUCUUGCCUCACACUUUCCCUUUGUGUGUGUGUGUGUAGAAAAUAUUUUUCAUCAAAAGCACACCGAUCCGAUUUAGUUUCAAUUAUUCACACGCACACUGGCUGAUAGAUGUAGAUGGGAGGAGUUGGCGAUACUCUUAAGUGAUUGAAAAGCGUGUUUUCUUGUAAGUUAUAACAAUAAUUACUAAAAUGCAA